UGAUACUCGAGGCCAACAGUCUCGGCCUAAAAAUUCAGCCGCCAUGUCGACUAUCAUCCGCAAUCGUUUGAUUGGCUCCAUUCUUUUAACGGCACUAGUUGCUGGAUUAACAACCGUUCGAGGUUGGAAGGUGCAAUUAGUACCAAAAACAACCAGUGUCAAGUAUGUCGUACCAGUUGUCACCUCAUUGACGACAGUGCCAUCUACGUGUUACGUCACUGUCAACGUCACUGGCGACUGUCGCAGACGACGUUCUAACGAAGAGAAACCCAUCAUUACUUUGCUGGAUGACGUGGAUAUCGACGACAUUCUUCCCACUUUACCAAGGCUGGAAACGUCUGCUAGUGUUGAAAGUGUAAAACCAUCGAUUGAUGGAAGUCACAUUGAAGGGAACAUUGAAUCGAAACGAGGAUGGACGUUCACAGCCAGGCCAUUAGAUGGAUUAAGUAAAGUGAAUCGUUGGAUUAGUGAUAAUCGUCCUUCAUUCGGUUUGACUUACGUCGAUUUUGAAACGGUGACACUGACACGAACGACCUACUCGACCGUUACUGACGGCCACAAAACUUUUGUUGUUAGUGGCUGCCUUCCGGCCGGAUUUCUUUACACCACUUGCUAAAAAAAAUGCACGAAAAACCUUUUUUUUUUUUAU